UGUCGCACUGAUCAGAAGUGUGUCUGUCUGCUGUGUGCUAUAAAUGAACACAAGAACCACGACAGCGUCUCAGCUUCUGAGGAAAGAGCAGACAGACAGAUGAAGUUAAUGGAAACACGUGAGAAGUUUCUGCAGAACAUUCAAGACAGAGAGAAGGAUUUCAAAGAGCUAAAGCAGGCAGAGGAGUCCGUCACAUGUUCAGCGCAGACGGCUGUCUCUGAAAGCGAGCGGAUCUUCAGUGAAGCGCUGUGCUCCGUUCAGAAAACAAGCGUCCACGUGAAAGAGCUGAUCGCAGAGCAACAGAGAGAUGAACUCAGUCGCAUUGAAGGACUUCAGGAGAAAGUCCAGCAGAAGAUCUCUGACCUCAGGAUGAAGGUGUCUGAGCUCGAUCAGUUCUUGACCACUGAAGACCACAUUCACUUUCUGCAGGAGCGUUUGCUGGUUGUUACCAAAGAGACGGAGAUCAAGAUCAAAUCUGGAGAAGUUGUGCCUCCUAAAGCCGAUGCACCUGUCUCAUCAUCGUUUAUAGGUUUUGCCAAAAAAGGUGGGGAUUGGGACUGUGAAGUCUGCCUGGUGAAAAAUAAAGCCAUGUCUAGCCAUUGUGUCGCCUGCCAGAUGUCAAACCCAAAUAUGAAAAGCAAAAGCACUUCUGCAACGGCAUUUAAGUUUGGUGUUGGUAGUUCUCCCAACCAACCUGCUAUAGCAGGCCUUCUAAAUGCAGGUUUUAAUCAGAGUAAGGAGAAAGCAUCUGGGAUCUUCGGUGCUAAUCGCUUCACUGGUGGAUUCACAUUUGGCAGCAGGCCUUAAUCUGUUCUCGAAUAUGAUUGAAAGACAGAAUGGCUCAUGCAGAUGAACUUACUGUCUGUAAUUCUCCUCUGAUACGCCUCCCUUCAUUGUCAAUCAUCACUGAUAACAUAAAGGUGUUGUUUGUUCUCACCCGUGUGAUUGUGGAACCGCCUGCUUUCA